UUUUCAGGAAGAGAAAACUGAGAAUUAGAUUAUAUACAAGAAAGGAGUGUAAACUUAUGUACAACUGAUCAAAGCAGUCUCUUGAGGCUGGCAAAAGGUUAUUACAGAGAAAAUAAAUGAGCUAGAAACUCCAAGAUACUAUGAAAAGUAGAAAAACAAAAAGUUAGGAAUGUAAAUACAAAAUUUCUUGGAAACAUUAAAGACUCAACUGAUUCAAAAGACAUUUCUGGUUCCAUAUGGUACUAAUCUGGAGAUAAUAGCACAAAGAAUAGCAAAAUUGGACAAUUCUAGCACUUUUAUAUGUAACUUUUUUUUUCUAUUCCUUUGUGGGAUGUGGGCAGCACUGGCUGACCAGCAUUUCUCGCCCAUCCCUAGGUGACCUUGAGAAGGUGGUGGUGAGCUGCUGUUGUAUCAUUGAUGGAAACUUGACAGACACGUUUUGCUGAGAGACAUUUGAUUCAUCACGUGGGCAGUGGUAAACAUAACUGCUGUGGCACAGCAAGACAAUAGACAUAUAAAGAGGGGAAGCUUGAAGGAAGGACUUUGAAAUUUAAUUUUAAAAAUGCAGAAAUUCGAUAUCUGCUUCCUGUGUAUAGAGCUCAAAAUUAAAAUUAAUGUUUAAUACAUUUUGGUAAAAAUAGCAGCACUUAGUUCAGUGAAAAUUUCCAAUACUUCUCAGCAACCUACAAGAAAGGUCACUUUCUUUUUAUUGCUGUUAUUGCAUGGUGGAGGAGGCCCAACGUUGGAAAAACUGACCAUGUUUGAAAUCUGGCUGAUGGUGUUGUGCUCUUGUUUAAUGUAAAUGUGUGUGUUUUUUAACCCGCUUUUCAGAAUUAUAAUGUGAAAGACGAGAAGGAACAUCCAGUGAUCUUUGAGGGUCUUAUUAUCCACAGAAGAUAUGAACUGGAAGAAUUGUUUUUGAAUGUGAAGGUACAACGUGGAUGCAGGAAAUUCUCACACUUAUUUAUAGUGAUGGAAACCAGGCCCCUGCUAAAACCAUCCCUAACUGGGUUCGAACACCAUGGAUUGAACAUUAUUAUUGUGAGGACAUUCUGCAGGACAAGAUUGACAAUCGAAUUAUUACCACCCACCUACCCUUCCACAUCAUCUCCAAAUCCCUCAAACAAUCUAAUGCAAAGGUAAUUUAUGUUGCAAGAAAUCCAAUGGACAUUGUUGUUUCUUUUUAUCAUUUCCACAAAAUAGCAAAAUUCCUGCCAGAGCCUGGAACUUUUGGGGAAUUUCUGGAGAAAUUUCUACUUGGAAAAGUCCAUUUUGGAUCAUGGUUUGAACACAUAAGAGACUGGCUAAGCCACAGAGAAGAAUUCAAUUUCUUGUUCAUAACCUAUGAGGAGCUGAAGAAGGAUCUUAAACGCUCUGUUGAAAAACUCUGCAAUUUUUUGGAACGUUCGCUUUUGCCAGAGGCUGUGGACACAAUUGUAUGGCAUUGCAAUUUCACAAACAUGAAAGAAAAUCAAAUGAUUAACUACACACUUGUUCCUAAUGAAGUUAUGGAUCAUCAAAGAGGCAAAUUCAUGAGGAAAGGUAAAGUUGGAGACUGGAAGGAACAUUUCACAGAGGAACAGAGGCAACACUUUGAGAAGGUUUUCCAGGAGAAAAUGAGGGAUUUCGACAUUCGGUUUACCUGGAGUUUAUAACUCCUAUGAUCAGGACAGACAAUUGUUAUUUAAGCAGCUUAAUAAGUAAACAAAACACUCAUUUAUAA